AUGUCAAAAGCCGCGACGACGUCUGCUGGCGAGAAGAAUAAGAAGAAGGGGGCGGCACCUUCUGCCUCGGAUGCCACAGCAGUCGACCUCAAGUCAUUGCAGGAGCCGGAAUUUUGGAAGGCACGCGAUGCGUUGUUCGAUGAAUUGCUGGCAGCGCAGGAGGCGAAGUACAAAUCCAUGCAGGCACCCAUCACCAUCACACUACCCGACGGCAAACAACUACCCGCCACAAGCUGGCUGACGACCCCAAUAGACAUUGCGAAGCGACUGUCCAACUCCCAGGCCGAACGGGUGAUUGUUGCACGCGUGAAUGACGAGUUGUGGGACCUCACCCGCGUCUUUGAGGGCGAUGCCACACUUGAACUUCUCGACUGGGACGAUCCUGAGGCACGACAUGUCUUCUGGCACAGCUCCUCCCACGUGCUCGGCUACGCCCUCGAGCGUGUCUUCCACACACGUCUUUCGGUUGGACCGGCGCUGGAGGAAGGGGGUUUCUUUUACGAGGGCGACACGGGCCGGCCGCUGUCGGAGACGGAUUACAAGUCAAUUGAGAUCGCCAUGCAGGAACUUGUAAAGAUGAAGAUGCCGUACCAGCGCCUGACGGUCUCAAAGGCCGACGCACUACUACUUUUUGGCUACACGGAAUUUAAGAGCAAGAUACUCGCAAGCAAAGUGCCUGAGAACGGCUUUUGUACGGUCUACCGCUGUGGUCACUUGAUUGACCCAUGCCGCGGUCCACAUUUGCCCGACACCGGCCGUGUAAAGGCGUUUGCCGUGACAAAGAACUCCUCUUCUUACUUUGAGGGGAAGGCGGAAAAUGCAGUGCUGCAGCGCGUGUAUGGCAUUUCCUUCCCGAAGCAGACGAUGUUGACAGAAUGGAAGGCACUGCAGGCGGAGGCUGCACGGCGUGAUCAUCGGAACAUUGGCAGGCAACAGCAACUUUUUGGCUUUCACGAGGUAUCGCCCGGCAGCGCCUUUUGGCUUCCACACGGCGCUCGUAUUUACAACGCGCUGGUGGAGUUUCAGCGCAAACAGUACCGCCGCCGCGGCUUUGAGGAGGUUGUUUCGCCCAACAUGUUCUCCUCCAAACUUUGGAUGGUCUCGGGCCACUGGGACAAGUAUGCAGACAACAUGUUCCGCAUCGUUGUGGAGAAGGAGGAUCAUGGGAUGAAGCCAAUGAACUGUCCCGGUCACUGCAUCAUGUACGCCAUGCAGCAACACUCAUACAAGGAAUUACCUAUUCGUUACGCCGACUUUGGUGUUCUGCACCGCAAUGAAUUAAGUGGCGCCCUCACGGGACUCACGCGUGUGCGGCGAUUCCAACAGGACGAUGCCCAUAUCUUCUGUCGCAUGGAUCAGGUGCAGGAGGAGAUUCAGGGCGCACUCGUCUUUUUGGAUGAUGUCUACCGCACGCUUGGGUUUAAAUUCUUCCUCAAGCACGCCACACGCCCUGAAAACAAACUUGGGACGGAAGAGAUGUGGGAUCAGGCAGAGGCGUACCUCCGUGCGGCACUCAACAGUUUCUGCGGCAUUCCAGAGCACUUGCCGGAUCCCUUUAAGGAGGGCGCCACCUUUACGUUUGAUGGACGCAGGGACAGCGUCAAGAAGCUCCGUGCGCUUCUCAAGAAGCAGGCAGCCAACCGUGAGAACAAAGACACAGAGAAGAAGGAGGAGAAGGAUGACGAGUGGAAGGGGCCAACACAUGCCGAUGCGUGGGAGGAAAAUACCGGCGAUGGUGCGUUCUACGGUCCAAAGAUAGACAUCGUCGUGGAGGACGCGCUGCGGCGUCGUCACCAAUGCGCCACCGUUCAAUUGGACUUCAAUUUGCCACAACGCUUUGGGCUUAAGUACACACUCCCAACUUCGACCGUUGAGGGUGGUGCGGGGGCGGAAGCGAAGGAACAUCAUGCCGACCCCAACGCCCCCAAAGUGGGGACGGACGCCACGACGGCAGAGGGAAAACCAGAAGCGGAAGACGAGUUCCUUUCAUCGUACGAGAAGGCCGCAAAGGAACUUUGCAUCGACCGCCGUCUGGAUGCGAACCAGGCACGUCCAGUUAUGAUUCAUCGCGCCAUUUUUGGCUCACUUGAGCGCUGUAUCGCUAUUUUGUGCGAGCACUACGGCGGCGAGUGGCCGCUGUGGCUCAGUCCACGGCAGGUGAUUGUUAUACCCGUGUCUGCUGAAAACACCGCAUACGCCACAAAAGUGCGGGACGCCUUUUACGCCGAUGGCUUCCACGCUGAUGUUGACAGCGGCAACGCGACAUUGGACAAGAAGAUUCGUAACGCAGAGGUGGCACGGUACAACUUUAUUUUUGUUGUCGGUCAGGUGGAAGAAGAGACACAGACGGUUAACGUCCGCACCCGCGACAAUCGCCGGCACGGUACAAAGUCACUGGCAGAAGUCCAGCGGUGGUUACGCGAACUCGUUGACACCUACGACUUAAACUACUGA